AUGGCAAAUAUCAACUUGAAUAGACUUUGUAUGGACGAUGAAGACCCAAUGCUCAAUGUUCAAGUGCGAUGUAAACAUGGAAUUUCGCUGCAAAUGCAGACUUCUUGGUCGAAGCGUAAUCCUGGCCGAAGAUUUUGGUCUUGCCCCUACUAUGGUGCGAAGAGUUGCAAAUUUUUUCAAUGGAGGGACAAUGAAGUUGACGAAAGAUCGAAGUUUAUUCUUCCAAGAUUGUUCGACAAAAUUAAAGAGAUGGAAGAAGAUUUGGCACAUUAUGAAAGCCUCAAGAUGCAGUUGGUUGAGCUUGAAAGUCUGAAAAAUGCCAACAUUAGUUUGGUUGUGACUGAUGAUGAAAAAGAUAAGGGGGCAAAAGAGAGAAAGAAAAGGACCUGGUGUUGGCUUAAUAGGAAGUUCAUUUUGUGUAUUGUGUUUUGUCUUUGUUGUUAUGUGUUGAUCAAAUGA